AAACGUCAAAAGUUCAAAAUAAUGAUUAUUUUAUUUUAUUUUUCCACAUAAUUUAAUUAUGUAAAAGCGUAACGUUUGAAACAUUAUAGAUUUCCAGUAAUUCAUAUAUCAUAUUUAUAAGCACUACUUUAAAAUGUCUCCUAAACGUGCAGCAGGAUUGGUUAUAUUUAGGAGUGUAAAUCAAGCAAUAGAAUUUCUGAUGUUACAAACUUCAUAUGGAGAACACCACUGGACUCCACCUAAGGGUCAUGUUGAUCCAGGAGAAUCUGACUGGGUAACAGCUUUGAGAGAGACAAAGGAAGAAGCUGGUUUGUCUGAAGAAGAUUUAGAAGUGUUCAAAGAUGUGACAAAGGUAUUAAAUUACAAUGUCAACAACAAACCUAAAGUGGUUGUGUACUGGCUGGCAAAGUUGAAGAAUCCAGAGACAAAAGUACAACUGUCAGAUGAACACCAAGAUCUAAAAUGGCUGUCAUUGAGGGAGGCACAGGAAAUAGCUGGUUAUGAAGACAUGAAAGCGCUAUUACUAGAAUUUAAUGAAAAAGCUAAAGAUUUGUCUUGAGCAAAUGUGCUUUAUUUAUGUUAAGGGGAGGUCACAUUCUAAGGUUGAUACUAAUAAGCUUAACUCGUCGAGUACCGUCAUUAUAGACACAAUUAUAGAACAAUAGGUUGCGGUCACCGGUGACCGCUUGGUG